CUCCAUCAACUGCCUCCAACCUGCAACCUCCACAAUGGCAUCACAAGAAUCCAGCUACCCAGAACAACACUCAACAUCAAGAAGGAGACAAUGAGCAGCGAGAAAGAAGCCAAGCCCAAGAAGACUCUAUUAGGUUUCCCAAAGCGUCCCAGUCGCCGUGAGAAAAACUCUGCCGACGUUGACUUGGAGAACUAUCAUGUCCACACAUCGCCUGAGGACCAACAGCAGAACUUGUGGAACACGGUGAAGAUCCACAGUUCGUCUUCCUCUUCUAGUACCAAAGACCGCGAAUGGCCAACCUAUGACGCUGUGAUUUCCCAUGUGACGACACAAGACUAUCGAAAGCACUUGACAUGUCCCUUUGAUACCAUGACCGACAAGACCAAGACCAUUUGUCCCCAUGGCGCUGUCUGCUGUGCUAAAAUGGAACUUUUCCCCUUUCCGCAAGGUAAAAGUGACGACGUUACUCCCUACUCGGGCUUGUUGACACCUGGCACGACAGCUGAGCAUUGCAUGAUUCGGUUAUCCUCCGCCAUUCGGCCUUUGGAUCAAGGAGUCGAGUCCGACUUUGCAAGAACUAUGGUCCGAAAUGCUGUUGGCGAAAAACUGGCCAAGGCCAAGAUAGUACCCGGUGCUGCCAUUAAAGUCUUUCGUGGAAACAAUGUACCUUCUGGCAAUCUAUUAUUUCUCGGCAGUAAAGUGGGACAGCGAGAAGAAGACUUUUUUGCUCAUUGUGUCUGUACCACCAUGACGGAAAAAAUGCCCAGUGUUGCACUCCCCUUUAUGAAACGCUUCACACGUUAUUCCAAGUUUCCACUUUCCUUGGGAGUGUCAGAUUUUGCAAAGUAUGACGUGGACGGAAACGAUCACUCGGACGGAUCACACAACUUUCCCUUUGCCGUAACUCUUCAGCCAGUGUAUGAGAGAUCCGCGCCAACAACAGCGACAACCACGGAAUCAUCCACCAACGAAAAGACAAAGGGGGACAAGAAGAAAAAAUUCGCCACGUUUGACUCCUUCAUUGAUGAAGUCACUCAUAUCCCAGUGGGAACAACUUUGUUUGAUAUCUACGCAUCGCCCGAUCCAGAAUCCGUCGGAGAUCCAACCCGUAUUCAAAGAAUUGGUCGAAUCACAACAACCUCGGAAAUGAUACCAUCUUCCCCCCAUGACGGACUUUACUUUCGACAUGAGGUCAAGGAACAAGACUAUGACUUGCGGCCCGAAUGGAAAAAGGGCAUUGAGCGGAAAAUGGCCAUGGACCAGGGAAAAACCAAGGGCACUGUUGGAAAACUAGCAGGGUGGAGACUCUUUGAAGAAGAUAUUGCCCUGCAAAAGUACGUCGACUUUGGUGCCAGUACCUGAGCAGACACGCCAAACAACAAUCCAAAAGCCAGCGCCUUGUAAAAUUCAGUCAUCUGCGCCAAUUGAAGUAGAAAGCGAGCAAGCAAGGUGGGGUAAGGGCGCUGCGUAACAAAAGGCUACAGAAAUGUUUACUGUAUAUAAGUAAAAGCUAGUUGAAUCGAAUCUCGUUACUUCUU